ACCCAAGAUGCUAUACCCGGAAGAACGUAAAAGAGCGGACAAACUUUGCUCUGCUUGAUGUUACAAGUUUACCAAAGUUAAUCUUUAUUUCCCAGUGUUGUUGGAACCUUAACCAGACAUGGGGCUGCAGUGGACCGCUGUAGCCAUCUUUCUCUAUGUGGAGAUUGGCAUUCUUGUCCUCCUCUGUUUACCCUUCAUUUCAGCCAAAAGGUGGCAGCGUCUUUUCCAGCUGAGGAUUUGGGGCUUUAUGUCGAGGUUCUGGAACAAAGUGUUUCUCACAAUGAUCAUCAUACUGAUUGUUCUCUUUCUCGAUGCUGUGCGAGAAGUGAGGAAAUACUCAUCUAAAGAAGUGGGCGCAGAUGCCAAGCUGCAACCCAACAUGUUUGAUCACCUGCACAUGAAGCUGUUCAGAGCCCAGAGGAACCUCUACAUCUCUGGCUUUGCUGUCUUCCUCUGGCUGGUUAUGAAGCGAGUGGUCACCUUGAUUAACCAACUGGCAUCAGUGUCUGCGAAUACAGUUGCUCUCCAGGGACAGGCUGACAACGCUAACCAGACUGCUAAGAAAUGCAUGGAGGACAAUGAGAUGCUGAAAAAGGCUCUGAUGGAAGGGAAAGGAGAUAAGGCUACAGCAGAGGGCAUGGAGCUGCUGAGGAAGGAAGUGGAGAAACUACAAGUAGAACUGAAGAGCUCAGGAGAAGCCCUGAAGAAGUCAGAAUCUGAGGCUGAUGUAAUGAGGAAGCAGAUGGAAGGGCUGGCCAGAGAGUAUGACCGACUGUUGAAAGAACAUCAGGAGCUCCAGAAUCUUCAAGACAGUGGAAACAAAAAGGAGGACUAAUCGACCAGAAAACCUUUUCUCAAAGGUCACAUGGCAGCACAUUUUUCCCUCACAUAUCACCUUGUGUCACAGUUGUGCACAUCACAUCACCAGGACAGGCUCCUGAGGUUAUAUGAGUAAUGGUUUUAAGGUUUUCUGUUGCUGCUUGGCACAGCAUGAUAAAGACGACCGUUUUUUAAGUAAUGCUGCAGAUUGAUUAAAGGCAUUUAAAGAGAAAACAGGUCUGAUUGCACAGCACUUAAAUCUUUGCAGGUGGGAUCGGUGUUAUUGGUUUGCGGCACUUGUCUUAGUUUGGAGUGCAGGAUUUGUCUCAAGCUGAAGAACUGAGUUUUGAAAGAACAUCUAUGAAUGUAUUUUGAUACUUUGUUUUUUUAUUACUGUAUGCGGAAACCUGCCACACCCACUUCCAGCUUAGCAACAGUAUGUAAAUUCAGAGUGUGCUUACAGGGCUGUGCAAAUACAGUUUGCAUGUACAGUUUCACAUACACGUAACAUUUGUUGUAUUCCACCUGAUGAAUUUUUUUAACCAGAGUAGGGAUGGUGAAAGAUGAGGUUGACAUUUUUAGAUAAUUUAAGUUUGUUUUGUCUUUUGGUAAUUAAUUUGUGGUUUGAUAAAGAAAUCUGCAGGGUUAGUCUUAAUAUUUAACACAUAAAAGAGGUGGAAGGAGUUCAAAUAGGUCUUAUUUGUGUUUCUGGGCCACACAAUUUCCAGCAUUGUUGUCUGUUUGCUGCACUGUUUAAAACAUUCAUUUUUAGGAUGUUUGGAGAGAUAUGUGUCAUGAAAAGAGGCUGCUUAAUUUUUACAUUUCCAUUAUUCAAAAAUCUUGUUGCUGUUAAAGCAAGGAGAAGCUUACAACCGCCAAAUGCUUCCAUGUCUCUUUCUUAAUUCCAAGUUAAACAGUUAUUAUGUUCACCAUAGUUAAUGUGGUCAUAAAAUGUUUUUUUUAACCUUUGUGUUCCUACACAGAUAAAGAUUGAAGUGCCUUUUGGGUGGAUGUAGUUCUGUUCGUCAAAUAAAGGUUCAUUUCUUUA